UUGAGUUUCUGAGUUUUCUAAUUCUAUUUAAAUUCUUUGAAAAUGUAUUAAGGAAUAUAAGUAAUGCCCAAGAUUUUUUUUUGAUAUUUUUAAUCCUUAAAAAUGACUUAUUAUGCAUGUGAGUUUCUCUCUACAGUUUACAUACGCAUUUCAACUGGUAAUAACAGAUUAUCUUUUAUCAGAUAUGGCCUUGUGAUAUUCGGUGCCAUUGAUGGGUACUCCAGAAAGAUCAUGUACCUUGGACCUGCAACCGAUAACAAGGCAUCCACUGCCCUCGGUUUCUUCCUUCAGUCAGUGGAGAGACAUGGGUUUCCAUUGAGAGUUCGAGGAGACCAAGGAGUUGAAAAUGUAGAGAUUGCCAGAUGUAUGUUUUCUGUGCGUUGUUGUGGCAGGGGAAGCUACAUCUCAGGAAAAAGCGUGCAUAACCAGCGCAGUGAGCGCCUUUGGCGUGACAUAUGGAUGGCAGUUACAAACAUCUAUUAUGAUGUUUUGCACAGCCUUGAAGAGGAAGGAUUACUAGAGCCAACCAACAGCCUUCACCUCUUUUGCUGUCAGUUUGUGUUCCUGCCUCGUCUCCAGGCCAGCCUUGACUCCUUUACUAGUGGGUGGAAUAACCAUCCUCUCCGCACAGAGAGUAAUAGAAGCCCAGACCAGUUGUGGGAAAUUGGACUCCUGCAAAACCCUGUCCCUCCUCCAGUCCAAUCUGAGAUUGCACAAGACGACGACUCUGACUGGGACACAGACAGUAUCUCUGACCAGCCGUGGACAGGAAUUGUAGUUCCUCCAGUCGAAUGCCCCUUAACUGAAGAACUUAAGGCCCAAAUUCAAACUUUUUUUAACCCAACCUCACACUCUCAAAACUAUGGAAGAGACAAGUAUUUAGAAGUUUUGAAUUUUGUUCUGCUUCAUUCUUAAUUGACACUAAAUCAAUCAUUGAAAUGACUAGUGACCAAAUGAUCCAUUUAGAAGCAAAUUAACAUCCAAUUCAAUAAAAAACAAAC